AUGGCCAACAUCGUGGAUAAGACGACGACGGACGGCAACGCUGAGGUGAUAUGCGGCAACCUGUCGUGUGCGCCCCACUCCAUCUGUCAGUCUGACGCCUCCGGUUCAUUCUGGUGCGACUGUCAUGAAGGAUUUUUGGGUGAGACAUGCCAUGAAGACCGUAACGAGUGUGCGACCAGCUCGACGCUGUGUCUGUCACGCGGCGAGUGUGUCAACACCCCUGGCAGUUUUAAGUGCGCCUGCUACAGCGGAUGGGAGGGGCACCGGUGUCAGCACCGCGAUCAAACCGUGGCGGUGGUCCAGUGCCUGGCGGGAUUUACAGGGAGCAUGUGCAGAGAUGACAUUGACGAGUGUUCCAGUUCGCCGAACGUUUGCAAGGCCCACCAGAGUUGUGCAAACUCGCGCGGUAGCUACACGUGCACCUGCUUGAAAGGAUGGAAGGGUGUGGACUGCGCAGAUGAUGUCAACGAGUGUGACGUCACAACCACUUGUCAGAAUGGGGGCACGUGCACGAACCUUGCUGGCGGGUACAAGUGUCAUUGUGCACACGGGUGGAUUGGACACAACUGUGACGAAGACAUCGACGAAUGUGAGGAGGGUCGGUGUUUGCAUGGCUCCACGUGCCUCAACCUAGUUGGAUCAUUUUCGUGCACGUGUCCGCCCGAGUGGACUGGUGAUACGUGCGACAUACUUCCGGUAGCUUCUCCACCAACUUUGGAGCAAACACGUGGUGGUACGAGCACAACUUCUCACUCAGGAGGCGCCUCAAACGCUCAGAUAGGUCACGUUACACACGGGGACGGACCCUGGCCCCGGAACAAGUGGCUGAUCAUCGGCGCCGCGGUAGGCGGGGCGUUGGCGCUUGCUGGGGUAGCGGCGUUGAUUGUGGUAUUGAAGCGAAUCAGGGAGCAGAGAGCCAGGGUAUCUGGGGACAAUGUGACUGUGGUACAAGUCCAACAAAGCCGAUUCCCGGCUCGCGUUCCUAACGGAAAGGGCGGGGUACCAAACCAACCACGAGCUUUUAAAGAACCGAAUGCGCAGCUGCCUGGCGGAGCGACAUCACCGGAUAUUGUUAUGAAGACGAAGUUAUCAAUGCGAAGAAUGCUUCCGCAGUACUAAUUGGUGAUGGCAGAAUGAAAGAUCUAUUUUCGUUAAUAUUUCAGGCUAAUUUAAACAAGAAAAUGUUACAAGAAAAUGUUUGCCUUUUUCUCGUUCAAAACGAAUUUAAGAAACGAAGUUACAUCCCCAAAAUGUAUGCUACAAUAUAGCAUUUGCUUUA